GAAGGCAACAGGGCACGUCACCAGGCUAUAUCGAGUUUGCAUUGCUUGUUCAAACGAAUAAAGCGCGAUCUUUUGCUCAAAUGAUCUUUAAAUUAGUCUAGAAGACGUCGGAUAAAGUUUCUUCCAUGAGGGACUACAGAGCAUGCGUGAUUAAGCUUCCUAACGAAUGAUUGCAGUUCGUUUAUACCAACAAACCAUUUUUGGGCCCAAUAAUCUAGUUGCUGGUCUCAUGCAUUAUUCUGGCGAAGGUGGGAUGCCAAUUUGCAAAGCCGCACAAUGAAUCGCUCUUAAGCGAACGGAACAUACGUCAGUCUCGGGUGGUCCCAAAGUAAAAUAAUCGUCCAAAUAAUGAAGCAAAUCACUCACAUUCCAAUUGUGAACAAGACACCAAUGAAAUAGGUCGGCCACCGAAUCAAAUAUAGCGCAAAAAGUUAACAUCAAGAUCAGAGGUUACGAAUGCUGUCAUGGUAACAACGCUCAAAACAAGAACAUGGAUAAAGUUUGUUCAACGUAAAUCGGUAUCAGCGUAGAUAAAAGUCUCUCUUUGGAAGUAUGUACGACAGAGCUAGCAGAAAUUUAAGCCAACCUUUAGCUAUGACGGAGGUGUCUGUUGGACCCGGCAGCUAUGAAUUGGCGAGUUUCCUGAAAGGAAAAGUAAAAAAUUCGGUUGGUUAUGCACCAUUUGGCUCAAUGACUAGUCGAGAAACAUUUGUUGAUGUUCCUGACCAGACGAUUGCAGCUCCAGGACCUGGACAGUAUGAUUUAAAGUUGAGAAAUGCUAAUCACAUUGUAGGCGGACAGUCUUUAUCAAACACAUCCAAAAGAUUUGAAGAUUUGACAGAAGCAAUUCCAGGUCCUGGUACCUAUAAUUUAUCGAAGCACUCUGACUGGAUCAAACAGCUUCCACAGAAGCAACUAUAUGAGGAAGAGAGUGAACCCAGACGACGUAUCAUAUUAUUGCGGAAAACUGAUCCACCAUCGAUACCUUCACCUGGAAAAUCGUAUGGUUAUGAAGAGGCCACCGAUGGUUCUCUCAAACCACAAGUCAUGCCAGAGAGAGAUGAAUCCAUGGGUCCUGCAUAUUAUAACGUUGAUCAUAGAGAAACACAGACUACGAGAAAUUAUAAAGGUGUUUUCUUUGGAGGAAAAGAUUCCAAGCGACUUAGUUUUAAAGGUAGCAAUCAAGUGCCAGGUCCUGGAGCCUACGAUCCUUACGAGCCGCCUGAAAAUAAAAUGCCGAUUGAUCUGAUUAUAGAAGAACAGCAGAAACGCUUCUACGAGGCCAAGAUUCCGCGGUACCACGAACUAGUUCCUAAAGAUGAAGAGAGAAAGGGUGUACCCGCGCCUGGUCAUUAUGAAAUCAAAAGUCAAUUCGAAAAUCUUCGUCAGGAUCCUGAGUUCGAUAUCACGGCUCUUGUGGCACCCUUUGGUUCGCAAUCCAAGAGAUUUGAGGGUCGAACGAAAACGUGUCCUGCACCUGGAAGUUACGAUGAUCCGAGGACGGCCUUUGAAACUUUAAAAAGAGUUAAAGGCGUGAAAUCUUCACCGUUUGGUCAAACUUCCAUUCGGUUUUGCGAUAACAAGUGCAGCAAAAGUAUUCCAGGUCCUGGAUCCUAUAAUGUUCCCGAUCAAGUUAGUGAUGUUAUAAAAAAGAAUUUGAUGGUUAAAAAGAAAAACGUGGCGUUCGGCAGCUCUUCGAUGCGCACAUUCCCCAUAACAAGGACGCGUAAAGAUUCGUCUCCAGGUCCUGCGCAUUACAUCAACAUGGAUAACAAAGUCGUGAACAACGUCGGGCAACUGUCGUCGACCUUCGCCUCGAUAACAAACCGACUUCUUUCCCCUCCACCCAUCGUGAAAGACAUUCCACCGCCUGGUUCCUAUGAAGUUCGUCAAUCGUAUGAUAAAACGCAAGGUCGAGUACUCUAUCCUGGCUCUCAAAAGACGAGUCGCAACUCUAAGAAGAAAGGAGGAUUUCUGUCCUCCACAUCCCGCUUCAAGAACGGUAUUCAUACAACGUAUAGCGCGCUGAGUCCGGGGCCCGGAAAGUACGACGUGCCCACGACGCAGACGAAGCAAGGCGGUCUGAUGGUUACAAAGGACACUCGUUUUAAGUUCAAAAAGAGCGAGGUCCCCGGACCAGGAAAAUACCAGUUAAGCCCACAAAUUGCUCAUUCUGUUCUGAAGGGAACGUUCAAUGCCACACUUAAUAACCCAUUGUCGAAAUCAAAGCACCACGAUUUGAACGAAAAAUCUUCAAACCGACAAAAUGAUAUACUUCUUACAUGACGUAUGCGGAAGUUAAGAAAUUUGUAAAUUUUUACUGGCGUUUUCUUUAUUUUAUUAUGCAAUACGUAUGAGAUAGGAUCUGCUGGGGUUGAAAGCAAAGCUCUGUGACGCAGGCAAUUCUUUACGAUGCUUUUGCAAAACUCCCUAAAAGUUUGAAAAUAUUUAUUCGAGGCUUGAACAUUAAGCUAAGUAUAUAACUGGGAUGCUACUUUUACAUAUACCAGCAUAUACUUCCACGAAGACAAAUUUUACUCCACCCCAUCCCACCCCACACAAGAUUGUCUGAUUGUCAAAUCCUGCUUUCAAAUUUAUCGUCGUAAGUUGGCCGGGCGUGAAAAGAUUAAUAGCUAAUAUUUUGGCGGGCGGUAGGAAGUAGCCUUUCACUUUCCAUUUAUACUAUUCAGUUCAAUGGGCUUGAAAGUGCUACACUUUCACCGCUUUUGGAGAAACGUUGAAGAUCAUAUAUGCAUAUACCAAAGAUUAUUUUGCACUUGUGGUGAACUAGAAAAGACAAACCAGACAGUGUUUUUAAAUGACGUAUACCUGUUGCGAGGAAAUUGGUUGGCUGAUUUUACUUGAUGUUUGAGUACUUUCGUUAUCGAAUAUUAAGUAACUUUGUGUAACUCAGUUUGCAUUAUUCACAAUUCGAAACGUUUUUAUUGCAACAUUGUUGAGCAAACAUCUGCUCAUUAUGAUUAGGAAUUUUUUCUCGCAUGUUUCAUCCAAAACCCGUUUUUGACUAAAGCUCGACUAAAACAAUUUAUUUUAUUCAAAAUUAAGCUAUAUGCAAUGUUGAGUUAAAAUGUUUAAAUCUCUUUCCUGAGUAAGCAAUUGUUUAACUUAUAAGAGUCGGCAUACGUUCUCACUUAUCAAUAACUUACUGGUAACGUAUUCAGCAAAAUAAUCAUGAUGAUGUAACAUAAUAUUAAAUCAUACAGCAAGAACCUUCAAA